CUGUGCUUAUUUGUGCUUUCGGUGCGCUGGAAAAAAAAAUGGCGACCACUUAGUCAACUUUCUGCCGAGCGCGAGCAAUUGCGUCGCGAUUUCCUCCAACAGCAUCGUGCACAGCGGAUUUUUUUCCUUUUCCGGACGGAUGAUGACGAAACGUGAAGGACGUCGCAUUUGACCGCAGGGCGAACGGAAUAUGGGCCUAAAGGCGGCCGUUCAGGCUCUGAAGAAAGCGGAACCGUUAAAAGACAAAGUUCAGCGCUGCAAGGAUCUUCUCAAUGAUAACGAUGCCUGGGUAUGCCAGCAGCAGCUACAAAAGAUAUAUCAACAAGUCCUUAUACUGGAUUUGGAAUAUGCCCUGGACAAGAAGGUCGAGCAGGAACUGUGGAGUCUGGGAUUUAAGAAUUAUAUAGUGACUUUACAAUCACAGGCUAAGGACAAGAAGAAUCCCAAACGUGGCGAGUCCCAAGCGUUGCUCAGUUGGUGCUUAGAAGCAGCCAGCGGUUUCUACCUGACCUUGCUACAGGAAAUCUGUACUGUAUUUGACCUAGAUUUACCAUUUAGAAGGAAAGGUUAUGUAUACGGAUGUACGUCUCCCUGGAAGGCUGUUGAGAAAUUAUCUCCGCCUCACAAAUCUUCUUGUUUUUACGCCUGCCAAUAUUGCCUUGUACAUCUGGGCGAUAUCGCGCGAUAUAGAAAUGAGAGCAAACAAGCCGAGAUGUUUUAUAGACACGCUGUUUCGCUAUCACCAUCCAGCGGACAGCCAUAUAAUCAACUGGCGCUUCUAGAAGCUUCCCGUGGUGACAAAUUGGGUACCGUGUUUCAUUACGCACGUUCGGUAGCCGUGAAACAUCCUUUUCCCGUAGCUACAGCAAAUCUCGCCACAACUCUGUCCUCUGCUUUGAACGAUAAGUCCUUCAAUAUCGACGGCAAGACCAAAUUAAAUUCUCAGGAGUACAUUGCUGUCUUUCUGAAACUACACGGAAUAAUUCACAUUCUUGGCGAUUUGAAGCUAGCGUGCUCUUACAGCAAGCAACUAACAGAGACACUGACCGCGUUGGUGGCCACUGAGAGCUUCAGUUCAUGGAUGCUUAUACAGAUGUUGGUGAUUAAUCUAUAUGCACUGCAACACACAGCCGGAAUUGGCACCGAAAGCACGGAAUUGCUCAAAAACGAGCAAAUGGUUAACGAUAAAAGACUCGCCCGUGACUGUAUACUGGAUCUAAUUGCAGGCACUCUGUCUGCUUUGCUGCUACCCGUCUAUACGAUAAAGAACUCUAUCAUCGAGUACUUUGCCUUGCCUUCUAUAAAACUGUGCCUUGAUUGGAUCAACAUAAAACCUAUGGUUUUGGAGGAAGUUGCUUUUACAUCGAGAUUACAGAUCUGGCCCAGUCUUUGCGUACUUUUGAAUGCCUUGCAGAAUUGUGUAGUGGAUUUCAAAUAUGCUGAAUAUGCUGCAGUACCACUGCCAGAGGACCGUGACCUUCAGGGUUUUCUACCGUUAGAGAAAAGUUUCGAGAAUCUCAGAUUCACGAAUACAGCGUUAGAGGGCGAUGUUACGACAUUGAACAAGUUGCGGGCGAUACGAAUUCUGCAUCUGGGCCAUUGCUUCGCUCAGUAUCAAAUCAAUGGGUCAACGCCAAUUUCGAUUAUGACUGAAGAAAAAACGGGCGAUAACAGAUUUACAUCUAUGAGCAACGGCGCUGGGCCUAGCAACGAGUUAAUGAAAGAACUCGAGGAACUCAGCUUGAAUAAGGACAAACAACUUGAUACUUCCACUUCGAGUCCAGUACUGUCCGAAGUGGCUAGUAGCAAAAGUUCGGUGGAAACCGAUAUCGAGAUUCCCUCAGAUAAAAAGAUUUUCCAGGGUAUUCUUAAACCGCAAGGCUCCUUGGAACGAAACCGAGAUUCCUUGGUGAAUACCGCAGAGACGAGCAGCAGCGGCGAAACAAAUUCUCUUCCAUGCGCGAGGAAACCGCGACAAAACAUAGCAAUGCAAGCGAUCAUGCGUCGUGCGGAGAACGAGCAGAAGCAAGUAACGUUCAAGAACGUAUCACCCGUGGUCGUUGAAGAAGAAAAUGAUAAAAAGGCCAAAGUAUUAACCGUACCACCGGUUACUUCUGUUGCGAAUAAACCGACGCCAAUUCCAGAGAUGCCCAAAGCUAACGAAGCUGCCAAUACAAAUAAUAUUCUCGUUAAUGUUCAAAACCGGUUAUCGGCGAUGCCGAUCGCUCCACCCACUGGUCAGAACCAAUCUGCGUCGAGUCAGAGCCAGCAAAGACCCGCUAAAUUGCCACCUAGCAUUCCUAUGCCCGCUCAAGUAAAUCAGUUAACAGCCAAAGAGCAACAACAACCUCAGCAAGUUACUCAGCAAAUGCUUCCGCAAAUGCACACUGGCAUGACGACGCAGUGCAGCCAACAGGCUUCGACAUUGGGUCCACUUUGCUAUCCAAAUCAAUCAUUCAACGUGCAAAGUCCACAAUUUGGUAAAAAUUUCAUGGCGAAUCAUCCGCCACUAGCAAACGCGCCGCGUUAUCAAAUGCAAGGGCAACUCAAUAAUAAUAGCCAACCAGUACCAGCAAUAUCACAAGGCAUUAAUGGAAUGCAUCAUGCAAUCAAUCAAAGCAGACCAUUGCAUCAGAGGAUGUCGCAAAAUGUAUCCCAUAGCUCCGCGCAAUUGCUACAGCAAAACAUACGAUUGGGAUCGCCUGCUCAGCAAAAUAUGAUGCCACAAAAUAUGAGUUUGCAAGCAAAUAAUAUGGGGCUACAGCCAGGUAUGAGUAUAGAGCAACAAAAUCACUCGAUAGGGUUGCAGCAGCAGCAGCAGAGCAUGAUGCAGAGCAAUCCCAGGCCAAAUGACAUGCAUGGUCAGUUAAAUAUGAACGGGUCGAGUAUGGCGAACAUGACGAUGAUGUCAGCAUUGUCGAUAUACGAAAAGGAUCCUCAGCAGCAAACUUUGACGACACUGGCAAAUUCGCAGAGCCCGACCAACACAUCAAAUUUCCAGCUAAACUUCAAUCAUUUCAAUCAGAAUCAAACUUUCGGACAAUCAUUAUCACAAAGUCAACCGUCACCGUCGUUCUACAAAAAUUCUGACGCAAUGGAUUUCUCAUUCCCGAAUCAGAUGACUAAGAAUCAGCAACAGCAACAACCCGCGGCGAAUAAUUACAUGUUCUGCAAUUACGAACCGACCGAACAAUUUAACUUGUGGAAAGACAGUCGACCACCUCAACCGCCGAUUGCCUGGUGGGCGGGUUCGGUUAGUAAUGCAACGGCCCAGAUACACAUGAAAGAUUCAACAACCAACGAUAACACAUUCUCCAACUGGAGCGAUUCGUCUAAUCUCGGAAGUACGACGAGUAGAAUGCCAUUGACACCAGGCAAAAAUUAUCAGCCACAACAAAACGAACAACAUAGCAGACAACUUAUGGCAGGAAAUAACUUUGAAGAUUCCAGAUUGUUUGAGCUCGAACAGAAGCCGUCCCAAGCAGUGAGUACCGGCAAUACUUACUCCCUAUUCAGUGGCAACACGUGGAGUACCGUUAAUACAUCGAUUAAUUCGGGCUCGACUAAUCAGGAUCCAAUGAAAACGCGACUUCAUCAACAAUCUCUGUGGUCUGGGCCGGGUCCUUCCCCAUUAGAACGGCUUUUAAAGCAACAGAAGUCGCUACGCGAGGGGGGUACCACUUGAAGGGACACGCGAAGGAUCCGCUGAGGAGGUCAAGCAGAGUGUAAUUUCGCGUUCAAGCGUAUGCCGAUUUAAGUAACCACAAGCGUGCUGCGCGGCGGCGAAUAAUUACCUAAUCAUUCGACAAGAGAUGUGCGAAAUUCUUAAAAGAUAUGUAGAGAAGAACGAAUAACUGAGGUUGACCAAGGCGCAGCGUCUUCCUCGAGGCAUUAUGAUAUGCACAGGGGUAAUAUAAUCUUCGUUAUUUUUCAAUUGCACAUGUGAGAUCUGCAAGAGACUCGAAAUACACAUUUUUCGGAGUGAAUUUCUUGCAAAUCAAGCAAAGCAAAACGAGAGACAAAUGUUUACCGAAUGACGAUUCACAACUGCAAUUUAAUUUGGGAAUAAAUAGAAAAACAACAAAAAAAAGGUAUUAGAGGUGCAAGAUGCGAUAGCUCUUAGCAAAAUGUUAAUUAGUACACAGGAAAUAAAGGAAAAAUGUAGACACUAAUUACGAGUGACGAGCGCGCGUGACUUUGUAUCUUUGACGUAUUUAGAAGACGCACAAUAAACACGUCUCAUUUAUCAAAAACAAUCAAGCAACGCGCGUCGUCCUGUGUUGUCUCAUUGUCACAACAUCCCGAAUGCCAAAACCAUACACUUGAAAAUCAGGCAGGAAAACGAAAAUUAUGGUUGAACACACUCGUUUUUAAUGUAAUAACUUUAUUUCGUAAGAGUAUCACACAUUAAUGAUUUUUCUGUCUGUAAUAUUAUAUAUAAGUUAUAUCACAUACGUCAUGAGUUAUAAUACAUAUUCCUUCGUUUCGUCGCGAUAAAGUUUUUGAAAUUCUCAUUCCAUAUCAAGCUUCUGAUAUUAAUUUUACUAAAAGAAUAUAUAGGAAGUGUUCCAGGCAAAA